CGCCAAAUUAUAAAACAGUCGACAUACGUUCAUUGCAAGGAACAAGCUUCUUUACGCUUUUUGUCAGUAAAACACUUGAUACGAUACUUACACAUUAUACGGUGCAAGUCACAAUAUUGAUCAUUUACAAAAGUUACUUGCUACGAUAAAUUAGCAUCCUGAUGAUGGAGUUUUAUUGGAAAUUCUAUGAGAGUAUAAAAGAAGUCAAGGUUUUAUUCGGCUUGGUGUUGUCUCUUUUGGUACUAAAUGGAGUUGAACCUAAUUGUUAUAAGGUUUUGAAUUUAAAAGAGGAACAAACACUUUAUGUACAAAAUAAUAACUAUUCGGAUUAUGGAGGUGAAAACAUUUGCACUUGGGAAUUUUACAGCGAAAUUAUUAUUAAAGCAAAAUGUUAUAUUGAUCUAAAUGGUGACUGUAAUGAAAAUAUAUUUUUUGUUAAUAAUGGAAAGUCUUCUUAUAUCAAUUGUGGUCAGGAUGUAAUUACCUUCGAAGGAUUUAAUUUAAUUAUAAUGUUUGAGUCGGCAUUUAAUCAAAGUCGAUUUAUAUGUGAAAUUAAAACUCCCUGUCAGUGUGGUAAGAAAAAAGUGACUAGAAUAGUAGGCGGUCAGGAAACCGGAGUAAAUGAAUAUCCUUGGAUGUGUGGGAUUGUGGAUCGUACAGGCAUAUUUUGCGGUGCUUCUAUAAUACAUGCUCAAUAUGUAUUAACAGCAGCCCAUUGCCUGUACAAAGUAAACAUUAAUGAGAUUUUAUUAAUUGUUGGCGAACAUGAUGUAACCACAGGUAACGAUACCAAAGCAAGCAGGAUUUAUAAGAUACAGGAAUGUAAAAUUCAUCCUGAAUACAAUUUUAUAGAAAAUGGUUAUAAUGAUAUAGCUGUUUGUAAGAUUGUUGGAAAAAUCGAAUAUAGCGCUGCGGUUGGUCCGGUUUGCUUACCAUUUAAAUAUAAAGAUUACUCAUUCAUUGGUAAUAUCGUCACUGCGUUGGGCUGGGGUUCAACAGAAUUUGGCGGCGAGCCAUCCGAUGUGCUCCAAGAAGUAGAUUUAGAAGUAGUAAAUAAUAAAUACCCAAAUAGCAACGAUAAUAACAUAUUGUAUACUUUUUCUCCAGGAAAGGAUACGUGUCAGAUGGAUAGUGGUGGACCUCUUUUAUGGGAUAAUCAUACAAAUCAUAUGAAAUUGGUUGGUAUUGUAUCUAGUGGUGUGGGCUGUGCUUCAAACGAAUCUUCUCUAAACAUGCGUGUAGGUGCUUUUCUCAACUGGAUAGUAUCUGUAACUCCAGACGCACAAUAUUGCGUAACUGAAUGAGCCUUGCAUGGUUAAUAAGAAGAACCGUUUUAGAAGAUUAUGGAUCUGUGCUGACGCUUUAUUAUAUGUAUUUACUAUUAUAUACUUUUAAAAAUAUAUACAAUAUAUAUUUUAAUUAUAUCU